GUGCAGCGUGCCCUGUCACCCAUCGUCUGCCCGCCUACCUAUCUGUCUGUCUGUCGCUGUCGCGUCUGCCACUACGUGCCCAAUCCAGGCUCUCCAACCCACAACCUCGCCUCCAUCCUCCUUGUUACUUGCGCCCAUCAACCCCAGGACCCCAAGUCUAACGUCCAAAUCCCGCCCAGGGCUCCUCCAUCUUUUACCUUGUUCUCACCCACCCAGCUGCUAGGUACCGCAGACUACGCCUCUUACCAAUCCUCCCUCCCUCUUCUUCAUCCACUUCCCACAUUGUCCCUCAUCAUCAUCAUCCUACUCCUCCUCUUUCUACUGCCAACACGGCUGGGUUGAGAGUCUGCGUCCUGGCAAAUGCUGCUUCCACCACCGUUGCCCGCAUCCAAUCUUCCCUGACACCUCUCGGUCCUCUCUCUUCCCACCCUGCUUCCACAGACCACCCGUAUCUUCGGCCGAAUCACCGAGGGAAACGACCCUUACUCCUCUGCGCCACAACCGCGCGCAUCUCUCGAAUCUCCUCGGAUACACAAUAAUACCUCUCUCCGCACCUUUCCCACUGUGUACCCUUCACCACGACAUCAAUUGUCCAUCGCAUGGUACAUUUCGCCAUUUCUGCGCGGCCGCCGUGAGCUUGUCUCGCCCAGACAUCACCCUUCAAGCCAAAUCCACGAUCCCAACAAGUCGCCAACAUGGCUGGCUUCUUCAACAAACUGAAGAGCGCGGGCAAUACCACCUCGAGUCCAACAAGCAAAGAUGUACCGAGCAAAAAGGUCAAGGAGGAGCCAGCACCGGAGCUCACUCCUUUGGAGAAGAUGCUGCAAAAUGCUGGCCCAUUGAGGGAAGACGGGACUGACAAGUUCUUCGGUCUGGAGAAUUUUGGUAAUACUUGUUAUUGCAACUCCAUUGUUCAAGCGUUGUUCUACUCAGAAUCCUUCCGAGACCACGUCGUCAAGUACCCCACACUAUCACCUACCGAUACCCCGAACGGAACUCGACCAAAGGUGAAUGUGACGAUCCGACCGCCAGUCGCCAAAGAGCCCCCGAAUACACCCGGAGCGAAACAGAAAGGCCUGAGUGCAUCGGAAUCAAUGAAGCGCAGGCAGGCCAUCACAGCGGGAAUGCCACCCCCAGGAGCGCCGGGCAUACGACCUGAGGACAAGCCUGAUUCGCCAGAGUACAAGAAGAAACACGCUAUGAUCAAGGGCCCCAUUCUCGAGCUGGCACAAGAGAAUCCCUCCGCUUACGGCAUGGAAGAAUGCACCUUCACUGGUCUCAAGGACAUCUUCCAGGCCCUCAUCGAGAGCAAUACUAGGACAGGCGUGUUGAGUCCACAGCGAUUUCUGGAAAUCUUCAAACGAGACAACGAGAUGUUUCGGAACUCAAUGCACCAGGAUGCUCACGAGUUCUACGGUCUCGUAUUGAACGAUGUCAUCUCCAACGUGGAAGCGAAUGCCAAGCGAAUUCAAGAACGACAGGCCGAGAAUAAAGACGGACUUAUCCAGUCAGUGGAGAACGCUCUUGGCGCGACUAGUCUGAUAAACCGACCAGUGAAUGGCGUGGGAUCCCCAGGAACCGGCUGGGUUCAUGAUAUCUUUGAGGGUGUAUUGACCUCCGAAACCAAGUGUUUGACCUGCGAAACGGCUUCGCAAAGAGAUGAGACGUUCCUGGACUUGUCUAUCGAUCUAGAGGAGCAUUCAUCAGUUACGUCUUGCCUGCGUAAAUUUUCCGCUGAGGAGAUGUUGUGUGAGCGCAACAAAUUCCACUGCGACCAUUGUGGUGGGCUUCAAGAGGCUGAGAAGCGGAUGAAGAUUAAGCGUUUACCAAAGGUUCUCGCGUUGCACCUGAAACGAUUCAAGUAUACCGAGGAUUACAGCCGACUACAGAAGCUCUUCCAUCGGGUCGUCUACCCGUACCAUCUACGCAUGUUCAACACCACCGACGACGCUGAAGAUCCCGAUCGGCUCUAUGAACUAUACGCUGUCGUUGUUCAUAUUGGCGGAAACGCCUAUCACGGCCACUACGUAUCAGUGAUCAAGACGAAAGAUCGGGGUUGGGUUCUGUUCGAUGACGAGAUGGUGGAACCGGUUGACAAACAUUUCGUGCGGAACUUCUUCGGGGACAAGCCUGGCAUGGCAUGCGCUUAUGUCCUCUUCUACCAAGAAACCACCUUUGAGAAGGUACAAGCUGAGAUGGAGGCCGAGGGUCUGGAAGAGGUCAAAAUUGCCAGCGAGGCCGCUAAUGUUGCUCAUGAAAAUGGCCAACCAAACGGUACGACACCACUUUCGAAGCAGUAUACACAGCCAGUCAGUCCCGUUGAGGAACGAGAGCCGUUGCCCAGUCUGGCACAUGCACAGACAGCUCCCGGCAAGGUGGAUGCUCUGCCAUCUGAAAAGGUUCAUCCCCCUGUGAUAGAUACACCGGCCACUCCUGCUGUUCCCCCUAUUCCAUCAAGCCUCGCCAGAUCAAACACGGGCGCCAAGGCAGACAAGUCCAAAGAAGACAAGAAGCGGGAGAAGAAGGAGCAGGAGGCAGCGGACAAAGCCAGAAAACAAGCUGAGAAAGAGCAGGAAAAGCUCAAAGACAAGGAACACCGAGAGAGUAUGGCUAGGGCUAGAACGGCUCAUGCACGAGAAGCAGAAGAUAUGCGCAGAGCAAUCAAGGCUAGCAUGCAAUCGGCAGAAGGAGACAAGAAGAAGGAGUCGUCAAGCUCAGGCAGUUUCCUCAACCGAUCCAGCCGGGCGAGCAAAUCAAUGAGCAGGAAGAGUUUCGGAUUCCUCAGCAAAGACAAGGACAAGGCUGAAUCGCAUCAGUCAUCUGAGAAUGGACAUGCUAGUCCAGAAGGGGUGCCGACUCAACCUGAGAAGCCCAAAGAACUGAGGGAGAGAUUUAGUUUCAACCUCGGCCGGAAGAAGAGCGGUAAUCUUCUGUCAUGAGGUGGCGCAUGAGGUUCUAACGAUUCAUCUGAAGAUUUUGGUAUUUGACAGUACAUACAGGAAAAAAAAGGGGCGAAGAGCAGGAUCCUGCACGAUGUACAACCCACGCGCCCAGCGUUGGGUGCGCAUCUUAUCCAUCGGCGGCAUGGACGUUUAGGGGAAUGGAGAGGUGGCGGCAUGCGCAGAUACCCAGGCAUGGAGUGGUUUGCUUGGAUAAUACUUUUCUCACUUAAUGAUGCAAAAGAGGAUACGUUGUGAUGAAGGCAUCUUGAGCGUUAGUUACUUUCUCCUGGCACCUACCUCAUCGGGCUGUAUGAUAGCGCAAGGUGUGAUCAACAAAAGACAGUACAGAGCACGUAAGGGCAGA